UUUAGUACCAAAUAUGUAUAAAUAAAUUCUGCUUCUUUUCAUGCUUACUUGGCAAGGUUUUACAAUGAUAGGUAGUUAAAUAAUUAACAAGCUAAAAAGCGUUUGCUAGAGGAUCCGCCUGUGUAAUAAAAAGUAGUCUAUAUAUAAUAGAAGAAUAUUAUUUUCUUAUUGUAUGCAAAAUUUUAGAUAAAUCCAUUCAUGCCUUUUUCUGCUUGUCGCUGCGUCUUUCUAAAUAGUUAGAUAAUGAUCGGGGCAUCAAUCCUCAUGGGGCGUCCAUACAACAUUAUCUAUAAUGUACACGGAAAAUUAACAUUCUCCUUUCUUUGAUUAGUUCCAAAAAAAACACAUUAUAUGAAAUAUUACUAGCAACCACCUACCAACUAUUCAUUAUAAGGAAUUAAAUUAGGAUUAUGGAAAUAACAGCUGAUUAAUUACAUCACGGCUUAAUCAAUCUACGCCUGGAUUUAUUUAAAAGAGCUUGCAAUUACCAUUUGUACAGUUUGCAUGAAAUAAACGACGUGAUGAGGGUUAUUUUGUUACCUUUAAUUUUCUUUGCUGUCGUUAAGGCAGCUGAAGAUGCAACAGUGCCAUCCGAAUUCAGUAGUUACGACUAUCACAAUAGGUACGGUAUUCCCGAAGCAGACAGAAUAUGGAAGCUUGAAAACGAAAUUACCAAAACUGGGCAGAGGGUCGUUGGGGGAUCCACUACCACCAUUCUCUCUGUACCCUAUCAGGCAGGACUGAUCCUAACAAUAAACGUCAUUCGCACUUCAGUAUGUGGUGGCGUCAUCAUUGCAGACAACAGGAUCUUAACAGCAGCACACUGCAGAAACGAUGGCAAUAAUAUUGUGACCUCUAUCACUGUGGUCCUAGGGUCUAAUCUCCUGUUCUCUGGCGGCACAAGAAUCACAACUAACGACGUCUUGAUGCACCCAGGAUACAAUCCGUGGAUUGUAGCCAAUGAUAUUGCUGUUAUCCGCAUUUCAAGAGUUACUUUUACCACAUUGAUUCAACCCGUCAACCUACCAUCGGGAAGCGAAGUAAAUAUGAACUUCGUCGGAAAUACUGGACUUCUCUCUGGAUACGGUAUCACUCGAGAUGGCGAUAGUGUCGGUCUCCUACAAACACUGACUUCAGUUAACGUGCCGGUAAUAAGUAACGCUGACUGCACACGCCAAUUGGGCAACUUCAUUCAGAACCAUCAUCUGUGCACGAGCGGGGCUAACAGGCGAGGAGCUUGCGCUGGUGACACUGGAGGUCCACUGGUGGUGACAAUCAAUAGGAGACGGGUGCUGAUUGGUGUCAGUUCAUUCUUUUCGACUCGUGGGUGCCAAGCCAGCUUGCCUUCAGGCUUCUCAAGAGUUACGUCUUUCCUAUCCUGGAUACGCUCCAUUUAAAUGUUUUAUUAUAUUUGUUAAAAUGCCAUAAUAAUAAUUAUAGUAACAUUUUUGAUUUCUGAAGUUGA